GCGUCCCAAAACAAAGUCUUUCGUUAUUACUGUCUUAUUUUAGUCCCAAAACCCAGAAUCACCCUUUCUUCCAAUCUUUCGGUUCUUUUCGAUUUCAUUGCUAUUUCUCUCGUUCUUUUCAUUUCCAAGAUCUCUGUUUCAUUUCCAGAGUCUCUCCCUUGGGUAGGCAGAAACCCUAAAGCAAUUGUGGUAGGUAAGUUUCAAAUCUCUCCAUUAGGUUUCAGCAAUUGUAGCUUCAAUUUUGGUUUUGAUUUCUCUUCGAACCCGAUAUUCACUUUGAUUUCGCGUUAUCCUUUGUGUCUUCUCCUUCGAAUCUCAUCAAGUACUCCAGGUUUGUGUCUUCUUCUUAGAUUUCCAAAAUCCCCUGUUUAUGACUCUGAAAUUUGAGAAUUGAACAUUCAGCGGUGGCGACGAGAUGGUUAAGGUAACGAACCUCAUCGUCUGGUUGUGCAGGAAACAAUCGAGGGAGGUGUGGUUGAGCAGCCGGAGUGUCCUUUGCCCCAAAGCUGCAAAUAUCAAGGCUGUAGCCUUGUGCUACGCUGUUGCGAUCACAAUCGCUUUUUAGCUCCGAGCCAUUGACACUUGCUCAAGCAGCUAAGCUUAGGAUAACAACAGCUGUGCUAAGGAGAAGGAACUUUCAAAUUAUGAGUCUAUUUCUCAAUUUUGGUCAUUAUUAAUUAAAUGAAACAGUUUCUGAAAUCUUUUGGGUUGGGUUAUGAGAAGAUUGCAGCUUGUCCAAAUGACUGUAUGUUGUACUGGGAGAUAGGAAGAAUCAAGAAGAGUGUCAUGCUUGUGGGUUAUCAAGAUGGAAUUCUAUUUCUAAUGAUGGUAAGAAGAAGAAACAUGCAAAAAUAUUGAGAUAUUUUCCUCUCAUUCCAAGGCUCCAGUGUUUGUUCAUGUCAUCCAAAACCUCUUCCUUAUUGAGAUGCACACUAACAUAUUUCCACCAUUCAUUUAGCAACCGUAACUGUCUGUAUUGUUUUGAAUGAACCCCCAGCUUUAUAUUGAAAUUGUCUUAUUGUUCAUCCUAUGGAGAGAUUAAAUACAUAUAAUGCAUGAAAUAUUUAACUAAUGGCACACAUAUUAGACCAUGACUAGGAUUUGUUGCGUUGUACUGUUUUCUGACUAUAAGGUUGUAGCCCUGAGAUGGGUUUUCUUUGUCAAAUGGAUUAUAUUUGACUAUGAAAUUGUGCAUUUUAUGUGUUUGAAAAAGGAUAAUGAGCCAAUUGGCAGUAUUACUGGAAAUCACUAUUAUAGUAAGCAAUGCUCGCAGAAAGGGGAUACUGUGUUGAUAUGAAGUUUUAGGAAUAUUGCCUUUCUUUUUCUUUUUUUUUUUCUGUGAUUUCUGUUCUGUAAAUCAGCAGCAGCUUGCAUUUGAACCAAUGGUGACGGUUAGUGUCUUGAAUGAUGCUCUCAAGAGCAUGUACAAUGCAGAGAAAAGGGGUUAAAGACAAGUCAUGAUCAGGCCAUCCUCAAAAGUGAUUAUCAAGUUCCUUUUGGUCAUGCAGAAACAUGGUUAUAUUGGAGAGUUUAAGUAUGUUGAUGAUCACAAAGUUGGAAAAAUUGUGGUUGAAUGGAGGUAGGUAUUUGAACAUGUGUACCAUUUCUAAUUGUUACAUAAUAUUUAUGUAUUAUGGCUUCCCUGCUAAUGGUAUCCUACAAGUAAUCCUUUUAACUUAAUUUUUAUUUUAAAGAUUGGUGGGUGUCUAUGAGAAUGAGAUGUGGGGAUGGCUACACAUUAGUUGAUAACAUGAAAUCUGUUCAGGGAUUUGAUUCCAGGUUUUCAUAGAAUGUCUUUUCUAAUAUUUAUGUGUAAUUCUCUUCUGAGGUACUGGACCACUUCUGAUCCUAUAAUUUUCCUUUUAAGCGCUGGCUAUGGUUUUGC